GAGGCACGUGCGGCCGCGCACGUGUCCGCGUGGGGCCGCCGCGGGCGGGGCGGGACCGGCACCGGGACAGAGAGACCGGGACACCGGAACAGCGGCACCGGCACGGGGACACCGGCACGGCCACAGCCGCACCUGCCCAGGGACACUGACACCGGCCGGGAAACGGGGACAGCGAUACCGGCAACGGGACACUGACACCGGAACGGUGAUACCGGCACUGGGGCAGGGACGGGAACAGCGACACCGGGACAGGGACAGCGGCACCACUGCAGGUGCAGGCGGGAGCAGGCAGCUUCGGCUGGAGCUGAACGCAACGAGAGGCUCCCCUGGGGGGGCCAGCCCCGCCAUGGAGCCCCCGGCCCGCGCCUGCUCCUGCGGCUCCCCUGCCUCUGACAGCGGGGCCGAGGCCGGCAGCUCCCCCCGGAGCCCCCCCAAAGCCGAGCGGAGCCGCAAGCGCCCGGGGGGGCUGGAGCGGGCGACCCCCGAAUCGCCGCCGUCCCCCCGCGGGGGGAAGCGCCCGCGGAAAGGGGAGGGCGGGGAUGUCCCUCCCAGCGAGGGCGAUCGCCUCUUUGCCCAGAAGUGCCGGGAGCUGCGGGGCUUCAUCCGGCCGCUGGCGGAGCUGCUGGAGGGGCUGCGGCGGGGCCGAUACGACAGAGGGCUGAGCAGCUUCCAGCAGAGCGUGGCCAUGGACCGGCUCCAGCGGAUCAUUGGGGUCCUGCAGAAGCCAGAAAUGGGUGCUCGCUACCUGGGGACGCUGCUGCAGGUGGAGGCCAUGCUGCGCCUCUGGUUCCCCCACGUCGGCCCCAAACCCGCGCUGGACUCGGCUCCUCCCGCGGCUCCCCCGCGCCGCCGCCCUCCCGCCGGUCCCGCCGGGGCUCCCCGGUGCCGCCGCCUGCCCGGGGAGCUCCCCCUCGCCAGCCCCGCGGGGACGUUACAGCAGCGGGGACCCCCCGAGUCCCCCCCGGCGCCGGACGUGUGACGCCCCCCCCGGCUCGGGGGGGGGGGGAAGAUCUCGUCUGCAUUUCUUGGUUUUGCCUUUUUGGAUUUUUUACCGGUGGUCAGUGAGACCCGCGGGCGGGCGGGACUGACCGGGGCGGGCACCGAACCCCCCCAGAAGCCCCAACCCCGGGGCGGCCGCGUGCCUUGGCCGGAGCGGAGCCCCCUCCCCGCGGGGACCGGGCCCUCCCGGGCUUGUGCCUUCCCCCGGCGGCUGGGGGGGAGCGUGGGACCCCCCCGAAUGGGGAGGGCCCGGAGCGGGCCCUGCUGGAAGCAAUAAACGCCGCGGGAGCGGCCGGGGCCAGCCGGUGUCGUGUCCUCUGUGCUCGGUGGGGCGGGGGGCGCGGCGUUCCUGUCCCCAGGGGGAGCUCAGAGCCGCCCUUGGUGCCCCUCUGUCCCCUCU